UUGUUAAUUGCAUAAGUUGAAAUUGCAGAUGAACCCUAACUCUUAACUGAACUGAAAGCAACAAUGGCGAUGAUGCAAGGGGUUCAAAAGAACACUCUCUACGUGGGAGGUUUAGCUGAAGAAGUGAACGAAUCAAUCCUUCACGCGGCGUUCAUACCCUUCGGAGACAUCAAAGACGUGAAGACACCGCUCGACCAAGCAACGCAGAAGCAUCGAUCCUUCGGUUUCGUGACUUUCCUUGAAAGGGAAGAUGCUUCCGCCGCAAUGGAUAAUAUGGAUGGUGCUGAACUCUAUGGUCGUGUUCUUACCGUUAAUUAUGCACUUCCUGAAAAGAUUAAGGGUGGUGAACAAGGAUGGGCUGCUCAACCAAUUUGGGCGGAUGCGGAUACUUGGUUUGAGCGGCAGCAACAAGAGGAGGACAUGCGUCGCCUCGAAGCAGAGAAUAAAGCUGCAAUGCUGGCUGCUGAAGAACUGCAUAGGAAGCAAGUAGCCGAAGAGCGAGAAGGAGAGAAAGAGGAAAUUGAGAUCAAGGAUGAUCCCAUGGCAAGGGCUGAAGCAGAGGUUGUUGGAAAUUGAGAUCAAGGAAGAUCCUAGGACAAAGGCUUAAGCAGAGGUUGUUCAACACAGACCAAUAACUUGUUAUUUGUAAAUCAGAGAGAACACUUGGUAAUAGAAGCUGAUGCAAUUUUUCAGUUGGGAACAUCAUCUGUAAUGUGAAUCUGAUGUAGGGUGAGACAAGUUUCUAUAGAUUAUGAAACAGGAUAGACGGGGUUCUUGCAAGUGAAACGAAAUAUUGUAUUUUCACCUGUCCAUUGCCCCCCACUUGUAUUGUUGAAAUUCUCUAAUUUGACUAAACUGAAAAUUCUGAAGAAUAUAUUCAUGUAUCUAGAAACAAAUUGCUGUC